AAUUUGUGUGCGCAGGUUCUCCGGUCUCUGGUGGUGGCGGUGGUGGUAGCGUGCGCGGUGGCGAGGCCUGAGCCUCCCACGUCGUACGGCGCGCCCGCCCAGUCUUACAGUGCUCCCUCGUCGUCAUACGGAGCUCCCGCUCCCCAGUACGGACCUCCCCAGCAGCCCAUAGUACACAAGCAUGUGUAUGUGCACGUCCCGCCUCCAGACAACGACAUCCCCGCUCCCCGCAAACCCAUCUGGGUGCCUCCUCCUCAGAAGCACUACAAGAUCGUGUUCAUCAAGGCGCCGACCCCACCCACCCCUACAGCACCCGUCAUCCCGGUGCAACCUCAGAACGAAGAGAAGACCCUUGUCUACGUCUUGGUGAAGAAACCCGAGGAGCAACCCGAUAUUGUGAUCCCCACACCUGCGCCAACUCAACCUUCCAAACCCGAGGUUUACUUCAUCAGAUACAAGACACAGAAACAGGAAGGCUACCCUGCCGCGGACCCCAAGCCCGAGUAUGGACCCCCCGCCUCCGCGCCCUCCUCAGAAUACGGUGCUCCCUAAGCAGACGCUCUUGACGAACUACAACCAGCUGACCAUCAGUGCUUGACCUUCCCCCCUAGACCAUACAAAAACUAUUUUAGUAACCAUGUUAUGUACCUAUAUAACUGGUUCCUCUAAAUAUUAUAUUGGUUAGAUUUAUUACUAGUUAGACCAAAGUUUGAAAACGAUAACCCUAAAACCUUAUUGAAAAUAGAGUUCCAAACACAUUUAAGUUUAAACGCUAGUGCAGAAUAUUAAAAGCAUAUUUUCUAUGAAGUUCCAUGCUCUUAGAAUUGUGAACUGGCGAUUAGAUAUUUUAUUACUAAAACGGCAUGUUCGCAUCAUAUUGUGUUGUUUCGUUUAAAUCUGGCGCGAUUAUGGCGUUUUCACUUCUUUGCGUUAACCGGGCAUUGACUUUUGUAAGAUGAUUUAUGUUAGUGCCUUUGCUGUGAUAUUAAAAGGUAACAUUUUGUUGGAAUCAUGUAAAGCUAGAGUAGAUGGGCAAGCACUGUUGUAGAGAGCUGGCUUAACGCCAAACUGUACUGCAACUUGUAUUAAUUACAUCAAAUUGAUGUGAAUGUUUGUAAAUAUAUUAUUUUUAUACGAUUAAAAUGUUUUAAAAUAUUUUA